AUGGUCCUCGCCGAGAAGACCACCGCCCUGUGCUGUCCAAAGGGGUCUUCGUGCGAGACGAUCUCGCCCAUCACCUGCGACGUUACCUUACAAGACGUAGUCGAGAACCCGACGAGCCCGAUUCAUACCACUAGACUGAAAGAGUCUCUGCCGCAGUGUGGAAGCAAGUGCUGUCCGUUUGGGUACACCUGUAGAGGCGGUUCUGCCUGUGUCUUGGACGACGGCCAGGAGGAGGAGGGGUCUCAGACUUCUAGCACGUCAGUAUCAUCUAGUACAAAAACAAAGACAAGAACCGCUACAAGUACGACACCGACGACGGCUACCCAGGCAGCGACGACGACGACGACGACGACGACGACGGCAGCCGUCGAGACAGUUCCACCUGCCUCGUCGACGCCAUCCGCAAACCCAGGCGACGAGCUCCCCCCUACCCCAUCAGCAGUAACAUCCCCCUCAGAAACUGAGACCCCCGCCGCCGCAGCAGCCGCCUCCCCGAGAAACUCAACCUCGGGCGGCAUCAUCGCAGGCACCACCGUCGCAGCCAUUGCCUCGGUAGCAGGCCUAACCUGCCUCCUCUGGUUCAAGAGACGCUCCCUCUCAGAAAGCGUCGGCUCCGCAAAAUUCCCUUUCCCCCGCCCCUGGCAACAACUACGCCAAAACGGCUCAGAACAGGACGUCUCGUCGCUGCCGCGGUACAACUCCCCGCCGCCGGCGUACGCCGUGGAGAUGAAGCCGCCGUUGACGAAGCCCUAUACGUGGAAACACUACAGUCCGGACUCCUUUGGCCGCGACCGCUACGACAGCCGUCGUUAUGAUGACCAAGACGACGGCAGCGUCCCUGUCCCUGUUUCUGUUGCGCUUGCCCUCGCUGUCGAGUUGCCCGCCACGCCGGUUUCCUUUAGCCAGUGGCAUGUUCGGGAGGAAGGGGAGGCGACGAGGCCGCGGUCUCACUAUGAACCUUACCGGCGUCCUUCAUAA